AUGCAUGAGACGGACGUUGUCAUUGUCGGCGCUGGGCCAUCGGGGCUGAGUCUUGCGGUCGCCCUCAGCCGACUCCAGAUCAAGUCUGUUAUUCUUGAGAAGCAGCUUGAAAUCUGCGAAGAUCCUCGAGCUAUUGCGUUUGCCGGUGAUGCAUCUCGUAUCCUUUCCCUGAUCGGAAUCACUCCGGAAGAGAUGGACCAAAUAAGUCAACUGGUCGGACUUGUUGAAAAUUCAAGCAAUAUCGAAGUAACAUACGAAGAAAAGGGCACACCGGGAACACACGUGGUUCGAGGUAAAUAUGCCGUAGGGGCGGAUGGAAAGCGAGGCUUCGUUCGAAAAAGAUUUUUGGAGGAUAAGGGAAUCAAGCAAGAAACAGGACGAUAUAGUUACGAGGCCACAUGGGUGGCAGCAAAUCUGAAAGUUACCAUGCCUACGCCUAGCACCCACCCGAAUUUUCCCCUCUGGGAUCUCGGCUAUGAGCCAGAUGAGCUCUGGGACCUCUUUUGGCCUGGUGGAUUCCACUUCUGCAACCAUCCCAAGAUGCCUGUGGCUACGGGCCGAUUUGGCCCUGCUGGAGGGAAAUACUGGAGAUUUGAAUAUGAGCUGCCACCUAAUUUCGAACUGCCAGAUGAUGCGGUAGGGCAUCUCAAGGAACAAAUGGAACCGCAUCUGACUAUCCCGCCCUCAGGUCUACGUCGCCAAGGUCGCCGGCCGAGUACUCCAGUACGAUUCCCAUGGGAUUGUGUAGAAGUUUUGCGUUGUGAGCCAGCACACUUUGCCCAGAAGGUUGUCGACAGGUGGUUCGACGGACGAGUCAUCCUAAUCGGCGACGCUGCCCACGUCUUCCCGCCGUUCGGUGCUCAGGGUAUCGCCAGCGGGAUACGCGACGCACUUGGACUGUCGUGGCGUUUGUCUCUUCUUGUUGGCGAAACCGAGACAUUCCGAGACAAAGAGGGUGCGUCUUUCGACAGAGAUUCGCUUUUGUUGACCUGGUCACGCGAGCGCCGUCAGGGUGUCGACGACGCCGCAAAGCUGACCGCUGCCAACGGAGCCCUGCUGCAGACCAAAUCACAGUUGCUGCGUUGGGCUGCUUGGUGUGCGGACACUGUGAUGAGCUGGAUGCCGCGCCUCCAACUCGCCUUGCUUCGUAACCACUUUUCAGACCGCGACGGUGUCCACGGCGUAAAGGACGGGUUCUUCCUCGAGCACCAGGGCGGAGGAACCAAGACUGCUCAGAUCUUUAUUCAGAGAGCCGAUGCCGGGUCGGUUGGGCUAUCAGACCACAUGUUUCGAAACUCCAACGCUGUCUUAACAUUGUUGAUUCUAAAUCAUCCGGAGAGCGAGCAAGAGUGGACGGCUGUCCAGCAGGUAUCAAAUCGACUUGAUCUCCCUGCUAAGUUCCUCGCAGAGAAAGCUAUUUUUUUGAAUGACACGACCCCGGCAUCCUUGAAACAGCAGCCUAACUCUACGAAGAUUCAGAGCUCGCAACUGUUGACGCCUGCGAAAGAGGGGGCUAUUUCUGGCGCUGGACACAAGCCGCUUCCUCUUUAUGACCCUUGCGCGUUUCGGAAGAGAUUUCAAUCCAGUGCCAAGUACGUACUGGUCCGCCCAGACUUUAUCAUCUUUUCGCAAGCGCAGACAUUGGAACAGCUCGAGGAUCAGAUCGGUCGGGCCUGGAGAAUGGCAACGAGUAGAACGAGUAGCUAA